AGAGGAAGAGGCCAAAUUUUAGUUUUUCCAAAUGACUAAUUUCUCAGUGUAUGCAAUGUGCGCAAUUUAUUUAAAAAACCAUAGGGUGUCAACCCCAACACACAAGUAGAUAAGUAUGCGAGGCUCACCUAGUUUCCUGCACAGAUAUCCUGUUUCCUUCAGACUAGUUAGAAGUAGACCUAAUUUCCAUUUUCGAGACACUUGACACCCACAGAACACGACAACUGA